AUGGGAGCCAUAUUUGGCGGCGAGUUCCGCCGUCGCAAACGAAGAAGAAGAAGAGAGCGGGAUGCCAACGAGAAUGUGGAUGUUGGUGCUAGUGUUCACUUUAACCAUACCGUACAGAGAGACCAAGACCGGGUCUGUAUGGAUGCCCAUGUGGCCUAUUGGAAUUACUCGUUGGUCACGGAAGGAGAGCUGUGGGAUCCUGGCAAAUGGUCCACGACAAGAUUAGAGAGGAUUCGAGAUUUACAGAAUCUGUCGACGCCUCAAUCGGUGGUGAUAGCGUCGCAAGUGAUACUGAUAUGUCUCUACGUGUUGAUUUUUCAUAUCAAAUGGGUCAGACGGCGGAGUCGCAUAACAUUGGGAGGGCAACCAUCGUCCGUUCUGGAGGAUUCGGGACAAAUCAUUUCAAGAUCAUUAUCAGAAGACGAGGUAUUGGAUCCAAUCAGUUUCACAGAGUCGCAGGAGACCGGUACUACCGGUACCAGUAGUAGUGGUCUCCAGCAGACUCCAGAUUCAACCUCAGAGGAUGACUUGCAGAUUAGUACCGGUACGAAUGUUGUGGCAAUGGGGCAGCAACAGCAACAACAACCACAAGAGUAUCCCAAUUCGUUUACCACUCCAGAACGGUCCAAGGAGGCCCCGCGACUACCGCUGCAUCCCUCGCAGCUUCCUCAGGCCCCCAAACAAGAGCACCAACAAGAAGAAGACAAAAGCACCAAAGAGCUUGCACAACAGCUACGUCAACAGCAAGUGCAGUGGAAAAAGUAUCAGCAAGAUGUGAAGGAAAAGGAGGCUCAGGGGGUUGCCGAAAUCCAACGGCUCAAGAGCCAACUCAGAGCCCAGGAAGAGCAGUUACAGCAAAAAUACGCCUCCAAGACAUCCCAGUACAAGAGUAUUGCCAACAAGGUCGAAGCCAUCCAAGUCAACAUGCAGCGACGAACCACCCAAGCCACGGGUGUCCCGCCCUUGGUGCGUGAUUUGAAACAAAAGUUGAGGUCGCUCGAAGAUGAUCUAUUGACGUUUCGUGCCAAGGCACAGGCUCAGGAUGUCGAUUAUGCCACUCAAGUCUAUUCCUUGCGGACCGAACUGUCGACGUCGUCGUCCACAACAACAACGACGACGACGACAAAGCAACAGCAGCGAUCCCAAUACGAAGCAUCCAUGCCCGAGACCAGUCGACCAUCGCCAUUGCGGGUGGAUUCGUCGUCGAGCAGUCCGGGAUGGGGAGGAAUUGCCAGUAGUAUCAUUCGGAGUGCCUUUCGUCCCGUCAAAUCGUCCGAAGAAGAAGAACAAGCAGACAACAAGGCGGCAUCCGAGAACAAGGGCGGGCUGCAGUACGGGGAUUUGGUAAAGGAAGUCCAGUCGCUGACCAAGACGCUGCAAAAACCACAACCCAAGACCGCCGCCAAGGAACCAAACACGACGACGACUUCGACUACUUCUAGUGCUGUCUAUCCGCCCAAUCAACAUUACAUCAAGGUGUUGCAGAAUCAUUUGAAGGAGCGAUCCAGUGACUGUGCCCGGUUGGAAGCUCAAAUUGCAAGGUUGGAAAAGACGGCAAAAGAGCAUGAUGCCGAAACAGCCCGACUCAAGGCAAACUUUGAAGCGGAAAAAUCCAGUCUGACUUCGCAGCUAUCGUCUCUCCAAACUACACGAGAUGUUCAGCGUGACAGCCUGGAACGGCAUCAGACACUCUGCACAUCUCUCAAAGCAGACAAUCAGAGACUGACAGAUGAACUGGAGGCUCUCAAACAGUCGUCUCCUCAAGACGAAGAGCCUGUCGGUAAAUGGGAAACAGAAAUGCUGGAAUUGAAGCAUAAAUAUCAACGAGACAUGGGGUUGCUAAAAAGCGCGUUGAUGGUCCAGAGGGAACGCUGUGUCGAGCUUGGCAAGGAAAAGGAAGCCUUGUCAGCGGCCGUGGAACGAUCGAGUCAGGAAGUUUCGCGGAUGGAAACAAAACAGCAAGAAUGGGAAAAGCAAGUAACAUCGCUCCAAUCAAAAUUGGAAGAGAAAGCGACGGAACGCCGUCAAGAGGCUGCUCUUCGAGAACUGGAUGUGGCCGCAAUGACACAACAGAUAGAAGCGCUCCAAGAACAAGUCGCCACUGCCAAAGCAGAGACGAGGCAAGGGCAGGAGUCUGCGUCGCUGCAACGAGUAGAGCUGUUGGAUCAGAUUGAUGAACUCAAAGGCAAACUGAGAGAGACCAAGACUCGACAUCGUGAAGAGCUGGAGCUCCAAGAACAGCAGUGCGAGGAAGUGGCUGAAGAAACCGAAGAGACGAACCAGGCGCUGCAAGACUGUGAAGAGUGUCGGGAGGAACUGAAAUCCAAAUUUCGGGCCAAAGAAGGGGAGUUUAUGGCUCAGAUUGCUACCUUUCAGACACAGCUCCAAGAAAAAGUCGCCGAACUUGAUGAGGUUCGGCAAGAAAACGAGGCUUUGCAAGAGCAGUUUGACACAGCGAGGGACGAGUUGGCAACUCUCAAUUCAGCGUAUCGAGCCCGAGAGAUGCAACACGCUUCGGAACUCCAAUCUAUACAGCAAAAAGUAAAGGAAAAGUCUAUGACACUCCAGACCACGUGUGAAGCAAAGGAUAGCAUAUGCGAUGCUUUGUCUGCCAAAGUCGAGGAGUUGACGGCCUCGCUUGAGGAAUGUCAAGAGGAAUUUGACCACUUCCAUGACGAAGCGAUGGCAAAAGAAAUCGUGCUGUCAUCUCGGGUCCAUUCCCUGGAGGCGAGACUGCAAGUUAGGACGCAGGAAGAAAGAGAUGCACUGACAAGAUCGGCAGAUCUCACAUCACAGGUCGAGCUUUUGCAAAAAGAGACCAGAGAGCAGGCGGAACGAUUGGCCCGGAUGUCUCAGGAUCGAAAGGACGCAGAAGACGCCUUGAAACUGCGUAUUGACUUCCUCUCGGGAGAACUUGAAACCAAAGCAGGUCGCUUGCAGGUGUUCGAGGACACCUCGAAGUCACUUCAACAGACAUUGGCAGACCGUAACAAUGAAAUUGCUGGCCUUCGUGCCAAGUUGGAACCAACCGAUGAUACUGAGACUCGAGUGAAAGAACUGACAGCUCAGGUUUCGUCUUUGCGGGACGAACUUAAAACUAUGCACCGAUGGCACGUUGAGGAACUUGCGGAAAAAGACGGCAUGAUCGAAGCUGCUGAGUCCAAGGUUGAGGCUCUCCGCGGAGACAAAGAGGGUCUUGAAACCUCUCUAGCAGAGUUUCGACGAGGUAUGGGCAAGCGGAUGGGUCUUGUCGAAGAAAGCGACGAAGACACUAGAAACCACGACCUGGACCAGCUGUUGAUUCGAAAAUUCAACGCUGUGAACGAUAAGCUGGAGGCAAAUCUAGAGGAAAACCAAAGGCUGCAAAAAACGCUGGAAGAUCAAGAGGAAGCUCACCACGAGAUUCUGAGGGACACGCAACAACAAGUCGCAGAAGCCCGAGCUACAGUAGAAAGGCAAUCCGUGGAACUGAUGGAACGAGAGAGGAGCUUUGAAGCCUACUGCAUGGAAGCCGAUGCCAAAGAACGGAACUAUAGUAACCGCGUUCUGUCGUUACAGCAGCAGCUCGAGCAGCAACCUGCACUGACAUCGACUCAGCUUUCUGACUGCGAUGAACUUUCAGCGAUGGUUGAUGUCCUGAUUCUGCAGUUGAAGACUUCUGAAGAAGAAAUAAAGUCGCUCCAAGAUCUGUUACGGAGAAAAGAUGAACAAUUUGCCGCUCUUUCUUCGAAAUUGGCAUCGUCGGAAUUGAAGUCUGAAUCGUCGUCAUCGUUGCUGCAGCAGCUCGAGAGAGUGCGCCUCGAGGCACAAGAGACGGUGAAGACCAAUGCUGCCCUGCAAAACAAGUUGCGCGAAGCCAGAUCGGAAGCUUCUGAGUGGCAGUUAAAAGCCACAGCAUUGGAAGAAAAGAAUGUCACUGAUAUGAAGAAACGAGAUUCCGCGGAACAAGAGCUCGCCGCGCUGAAGGCAAGCAGCGGCGAUUCCAUGAGACGUCUGCAGAAGGUGGAUUGGAGAGUGGCCGCAGUGGAAACCGAAGCAUCAAAGCUUAGAAAGGAGAAGGGAGAGAUCGAAGCCGAAAAACAGCGACUUGAUGAUGCGUUGCGCGAGGCUCAGUCUGCUUUGGGUAAUGCGAAAGUUUAUCUUUCUGAGGCGGAAGAAGACAAGGAAUCGGCUUUCAACGAAAAAAGGUCGGUUUUGGCCGAGAAUGACAGCAUGAAAUCGAAGGUGCUGGAAGUCGAAGGUCGACUUAGCGAGGCAACAAGAAGCCUAGAAGCAAUGCAGCGCCAGAAGGCACGAGUUGAGGAGUUGGCGGAGGAGAAAGAUAGGCAAUGUCGGGAGGUCCAGGACAGCUUGAGAGUUCUCAACGAAAAGGUUCUCGACUACAAGGAGCGCGCGUCUUUGGCUGAGAACAGGCUUGCGGAGAAAGCUCAGUCCUUAUCGGAUAUACAGUCCAAGUUGUCUCAGCUUCAAGUAGAAAACGCAAAGUAUCAGAAGCAAAUUGAUGUAGAAUCUGGCAUUGCCAACGAACAGUGUGCAUCGCUGGAGUCUGAUGUCAACCUUGCAAGGAAGGAGAAAGCCCAAGCUGAAAAUGCUCUCAGCCAGCAGCGACAAGCAAUGACGGGACUGGAGUCACAGCUCAAAACUCUAGAGAACUUGCUACAGACGAAAGAACGCAUCAUUGAAUCGUCGCUUGACGAGAUCAGUUCACUGAAACAAGAGCUGGCGUCCAUUCGAAAUUCGGAACGAGAACAUCGUGUCUUAUCUUCGAAGGUACCGUCGUUGGAAGCGUUUGUUGAGAGGAUACCUGCUAUGGAAGCAGCCCUGAAGCGCGCCACACAACAAAUGCAGGGUGCUGUCGAUGCCAAGUAUAUAGCCGAAAAGUCAUUGCGCGACUGCGAGGAUGCCCUGUCCCGCAAAGAGAAAGUUGUUCACAGGCUCAUGGACGAAAAGAAGGCGCUUGAGAAGGAGUUGAAUAGCUUGAAAUUGCUGGAACCAAAGCUUCUUGAGGCCAAUGAACGCGUUGUUGUUCUCGAGACAUUGCUGGAAAAGGCAGAACUAGACACACAGGUGGCGCUCACUGCCAAGACAGAGACUGAAGCAGCAUUGAGAGUGUCCGAAGCACGGGUAAAGGAACUUGCAGAGCAGCUGGCGAAGAAAGACUACAUUGUUAGCUCGGCGUUGGGGGAGAAGAAAAUUCUGACCAGAAAUCUGUCCACGCUGAAAUCGACCGAGCGAGAACUGCAAGAAGCUAAUGUCAAGAUUCGUGCCCUGGAAGCGGGAAUGGCGAAGCUUCCUAUUCUGGAGGCCGAUCUGUUGAAGGCCACGCGUCAAAAGGUGGAGGCUGAAACUUCGAGAGCUGAGGUGGAGAAACGGCUUCGCGGACAAAUGCAGGAUUCAGAUGCGCAAGCGCGAACCCUGGAAGAUGCCUUAAAUCGCAAAGAAAAGGUUGUUCAGAGACUGUUUGCCGAGAAGCAAGUUUUGAACGAGAAACUGAUUACUCAAAAGGCGAUCGCGGAUGACUUGCAAGCGGCCAGGGCGCACAUCUCGGAACUCGAAAUGACUUUGCAGAGAGUGCAGCUGGAAUCGACAUCAGCUGCCGCUCAAAAUGCGGCGUUGCAAGCUUCGAUGGAAGACUCGAAAGAGAUCGCAAAGAAGGCCACAAGUGCCAAUGGAAGUCUCCGAUUACAGUUGAAUGAAUCUAGACGCCGGGCUAGUGAUGUGGAAGUAGCAUUGGCGGCGUCUGUUCAAGAAAAGCGAGCUUUGCAGGAUAAGGUUGCCACAGUGGAGAGCACUCUACAAGAUUUGCAGCGUGAGGUGGAGAGCAAGGCGUCGGAGUUGGGGCUUGCGAACAAGCACAAGUACGAGGAAAUCAAGCUAAAGCAAACCCUUGCGACAUCACUUCAAGAUGCCGAGUCAUCCUUGAAGACAGAGCGAGCAAGAAUAACGCAGUUAGAGAAAGAUAGAAGUCUUGGCAUGGAACAAAACCGGUCAUUGUCACGAGAGAUUUCCGAGCUGCAGAAUGCCCUGUUCUUUGCCAAGAAAGCGAUCCAAGAGUCCGAAAACCGGGAGGGCCGCACGUCAUCAGACCUCGACAAAACAAGAAAAAGGUUGGCGGAGCUUCAAAAGACGUCUACACAGCUCGAAGGGCAGCUCGCCAUCACAGAGGCACGUGCUGAGGCAGCCGAAAAAGCCUCCACGAGAUGUAACGAGCUAGAGGCUGAAUUGGAGGCAUCGAAGUCAGAGACGAUGAUGGCAUCUGUGCUCCAAGCAAAGCUAGCAGCAGUGAUCGACGAAUUGGAAAGCUUGAAAGAGCAAAAUCAUCAGACAAGCAUCGCAAAAGAGAAAAUGGAGAAAAUCCUGCUUGAGCAUGGGUCUGACACGGAGAAGCAACAGUUGAAAAUUUCUCGACUGGAGGAGAGUUUCAAAUUGAGCGAGAAACGGAGCUCUGAUCUUCAGCAAGCUCUUCAAAAAUCCAAAAUGCUGGCCGAUUCAUUCCAAUCAAAAUUUCAGGAAACCAAGGCAGCACAAGAAGCACUAGAAGAGAGAUGUGAACGUCUUCGUCAACAGGAGGCACAGAGCAAAGCAACUGUGGACAGCCUGAGGACGGAGAAAGAUCAACUCCAAAAGGAAGCAGCGUCAAUGACGAAAAGACUUGCAGCUUUGGAAGAUGCCAACAAAUCUCAUCUUGCUACUGCCAGCAAGCUACCACAGAUUGAAAUGCUACUGAACGAAAGAGAUAAUGAAUUGAAGAUGAAGGUGAACGAAGCAGAUGCUAUGAGGGCUAAGUUGAAAGUUCUCGAAGAAGAAAAACUGUCACACUCCACCGCGAGGACAGUUUUGGAAGCAAGCAUGAUGGAGCUGAGGGUGACAAACGAGUCUGUUUCCGUCGAAUUGGCUGCAUGGGAAGAGAAGAACCUGAAGCUAUUGCAAGAGAUCAACUCUCUCAAAGCAGACUUAGCAACUUCAAAUGACCAACUCAAGAGCACAACCAGUCACUUAGGUGCGCUCAAGCAGCUAGAGCCACAGCUGGAAGCAGCUAAGAGGCAGAUUGAUAGUGGCAUCAAGGAAAACAGGGUGCUAGCCAGAGAGCUGGAAGCUAACAGAGCUGCUUCGGCAUCUCAAGCAGACACCAUAUCAGAGCUGAAAGCAGCAAAGAGUGCUUUGUUGAUGGAGAAAGAUACCAUUUCUCAAGACAGUGAACUCCUCAAGACAAGCAAUGCAGCCUUAACACAGCAGCUCAAGGAUACAACAAAUGGGUUGGAAGCUCAAAAGCAGGCCAAUUCAUCCCUCACUGGUAAGCUGAAAUCUUUGCAAAGGCAGAGUGACAAUGACCUUCAACUGAAGAACAAGCUAGAAGAAGAACUGGCCACUGCUAGGGCCGUUUGUGAUUCGUUGUCAGCAAAGAACUCAAACCUGGAGGAUGCCAAGAGGAACCUGCUUGAUGAGAAAGACACGCUUGGGAAAGAGAAAUCAGCUCUUGAGUCCUCUGAGUCGCAGCUCAAGAAAGGACUUAGUGAUGCGAGGAUGAGGAUUGAUGAGCUCGAAGCGGACAGUUCUAGACAUCAGAGCUCGCUUGAAUCUGCCCAAAAGCGAAUCGACAAACUUCUGGGAGCGCAUGAGAAGUUGGAAGCUGGUUUGGAUGAAGCAAGAACGACCUGUGCCCGCCUUGGUGAGAAAGUAUCUGUGCUUGAAGUUGCUAAGCUGUCCCUAGAGGAUGAGAGGGAAGAAAUGAAAGAGAAGAAUGCAAGCCUAGGUGCAACAGUCGUCUCUUUACAAGAGCAGUUGGUUCAAACAUCCAACAAGUUAGAGACAAGUCAAGAAUCAAAGGAGUUGAUGGUCAAACAGCUGGAGGCUGCUCAGCAAGAGAGAGACAACAGCUUCAGAAUAUCCCAAAAACUGGAGUCUGAGUUGGCUGAUGUCAAGGUAGCCAGGGAUUCUCUUUCACAGCAUAUCUCCAAAUUGAAAUUGGCCAAGGAGGCUGCUGUUCAGGAGAAGUCAACCUUAUCUGAGCUACAUUCCAAUCUCAAGCUGCAAUUGUUCACCAUGCAAGGUGAACUUGAGCGUGCAAAGUCUCAACUAGAGUCACUUCAAAUGUCGAAGCACCUCAAAGAAGAGAAUUUAGAGCUUGUCCAGACAGAGAGGGACGACAAUCACAGUCGGGUGCAAAGGCUGGAAAUUGAGCUGGCCGAGGUCAAGGGAGCUCGCGAAUCUAUGUCGCAGAAAAUAUCUGAGCUGAAAGCGGCCAAGGAAGAAAGUAUAAGAGAGAAGAAAGUACUCGCUGAGCUCAAUGCUAAUCUCAAACUGUCAGUUUCUGCCUCGGAAGCAGAGCUUAAAGAUGCAAAAUCUCAGAUGGAAUCUUUGCAAAUGUCAGAGCUGAUGAAGGAAUCUGAACUGGUUUCUGUUCAGAAAGCAAGAGAUGCCAACAUUAGCCUUGUGAAGAAACUUGAAAAUGAGCUGGUCGAGGCAAAUGUUGCAUGUGAAUCUCUUUCUCAGCGUGUAUCUGACUUGCAAGGGGAAAAGGAAAGUGUUCUUGCUGAGAAAACGACUCUGUCUGAACUUCAUGAAAACCUCAAGCUGCAUUUGACCACACUGGAAGGAGAAAUGGUUGAGGCCAAGUCUCAAAUAGGAUCACUCCAAAUGUCCAAGCAGCUCAAGGAAGAAGAGCUAGAUUCACUACGCUUGUCCAAGCAGCUAACAGAAUCUGACCUGAAGUCAGCCCGGAAAGAAAGGGAAAGACUGGAAACUGAGUUGAACGAAACAAAUGCUUCCUUUGACUCGCUAUCAUCACAGGUGUCUGCUUUGAAGCAGUCAAAGACAUCUGUUCUUGGGGAAAGGGACACUCUGACUCAGCUCAACACUAACCUCAAGGCAGUUGCAUCCACUAUGGAAGAUGAAUUGAAGCAUGCCAAGUCUCAAUUGGAGGCACUGCAAGUCUCAAAGCAGCUCAAAGAAGAGGACUUGGAGUCGGUCCAGAAAGAGAGGUAUGAUAACCUUAAUCUGGUGAGCAGGCUUGAGUCCGAACUGGCCGAAGCCAAGCGAGCAUGUGAAUUGCUAUCGCAGCAUGUAUCUGAGUUGAAGUCAGCCAAGGAAAGUCUAGCAGGAGAGAAAGAGUCGAUGGCUGAGCUCAAUGACAAUCUGAAACUAUCACUCUCAACGAUGGAGGAUGAGCUGAAGGAUGCCAAGUCCCAGAUGGAAGCAUUGCAAAUGUCGAAGCAGUUGAAAGAAUCUGACCUUGCUGAUCUUCGGAGAGAAAGGGGGGACAACAUCAGACUUAGUGAAAGACUGGAAUUUGAGUUGAAUGAAACAAAGGCUGCCUUUGAUUCGCUAUCAUCACAGGUGUCUGCUUUGAAGCAGUCAAAGACAUCUGUUAUUGGGGAAAAGGACACUCUGGCUCAACUCAACACUAACCUUAAGGCAGUUGCGUCCACUAUGGAAGAUGAAUUGAAGCAUGCCAAGUCUCAAUUGGAGUCACUUCAAAUGUCAAAGCAGCUCAAAGAAGAGGACUUGGAGUCAAUCCAGAAAGAGAGGGAUGAUAACCUCGAUCUGGUGAGCAGGCUUGAGUCCGAACUGGCUGAAGCCAAGGGAACCUGUGAAUCUCUAUCCCAUCAUGUAUCUGCGCUGAAGUCGGCAAAAACGAGUGUAGCAGGAGAGAAAGAGUCAAUGGCUGAGCUCAACGACAAUCUCAAACUAUCAGUCUCAACCAUGGAGGAUGAGCUGAAGGAUGCCAAGUCUCAGAUGGAAGCAUUGCAAUUGUCAAAGCAGUUGAAAGAAUCUGAUCUUGCUGAUCUUCAGAGAGAAAGGAAAGCCAACAUCAGACUUAUUGAAAGGCUGGAAGCAGAUCUGACUGAAACAAAAACAGCCUUUGACUCCCUGUCCAAUCAUGUUGUUGCAUUGGAAGAUUCGAAGGAAUCCACCACUGGUGAGAACAAAGAACUUGCGGAGCUCAACGCCAACCUCAAGGCAGUUGCGUCCACUAUGGAAGACGAAUUGAAGCACGCCAAGUCUCAAUUGGAGGCACUGCACAUGUCAAAACAGCUCAAAGAAGAUGACUUGGAGUCGGUCCAGAGAGAGAGGGAUGAUAAUCUCAGUCUGGUGAAGAGGCUUGAGUCCGAACUGGCUGAAGCCAAGCGAGCAUGUGAAUCGCUAUCCCAGCAUGUAUCAGAGUUGAAGUCAGCCAAGGAAAGUGUUGCAGGAGAGAAAGAGUUGCUGGCUGAGCUCAAUGACAAUGUCAAACUAUCAGUCUCAAUGAUGGAGGUUGAGCUCCAGGAUGCCAAGUCUCAGAUGGAAUCCUUGCAAAUGUCUAAGCAAUUGAAAGAAUCUGAUCUUGUAUCUCUCCAGAAAGAAAGAGAAGAAAACAUGAGCCUGAUGAAUAGACUGGAGGCUGAGCUUGCUGAAACCAAAGCUGCCUUUGAUUCGCUUUCGAGCAUGGCUUCUGAGCUGGAAAAAGCUGGACAGUCAGCUGUCAGUGACAACGAUAUUCUAUCUCAAGCGUCCCAGGACACCACUGCGUUCACCGCGGAGGAGAAACUGCAGCAAGCUACAAGUCAAGUUCAUGCGAUGACUAUGCUUAUUGCUUCCAACGAAGCACAGAUGGCAAAUUUCCAGCAAGAAAAGCUGAAAGACCAGGAGUUAAAAGCUCGCCUAACACGGGAUUUGAAGAACACAAAGUCUGCAUGCAACUCACUCUCUCAGAAGGUUUCCUCUUUAAAUGCUGCUAGCAAGUCCGUCCUUGCGGAAAAAGAAUCCUUGGCAAAGAAAGUGUCUGAACUUGAUGAUUUGGUUGCUGACAAAGACAAGGAACUGUUGCAGGCUACGAAGGAACAGGACGCCUUAAGGAGGUUGAUUGCUUCGCAUCAGGAGGCCAUGCAGCAAGUUCAGGAAGAAAGGGACCAGACCCUGAAUGCAAAGACUAGCUUGGAAGCAACGUUAGCUGAGGAAGUGGCAAAAGUCGAAUCUCUUUCACAAGAGGUUGCCGCUGCCGAGGCAAAAAGGAAGUCAGCAGAGGAUGAAAUUGCCAGGCUUGUUCAAAACAUUGCUGGUCUCAAGGAUGCAGCUUCGAAGCAGGAAGAACAACUGCAACAUGCCUCUGAUCUCGUCAAGACUUUCAAGAAACGUGAAUCCGUGGCUGGGUUGAAUUUGGGCGACAAAGACAAGAGAUGUUUGAAGCUAGAAGCGGAGAAUUCGGAGCUCAGGGCUCGUACAGAACAGAUGAAAAAGGACCUUCUCAAAGCAGAAUUGGACAUCAAGCGCGUUGAAGAUGCGGAGGUGGAAAGAAAGGAGUCUGCCGAUGCCAGACAGAGGCUUGAGAACGAAUUGAAGGACGCCACUUUGAUGACCGAGACAAUGAAACAUAAGCUUGCAGAUCUCGAGGAAGCAAACAAGUCAUACUUGGAUGCCUUGGCAGGCCAAAUGACGGUAUCCAACGAGCUUGCGGAGCUGAAAGAGGCACACAGUGUGACGACUGAAGAGUUGUCGUCUGCGAGAAAUGAUGUUGUCACGUUAGAAGAGCAAGUUAAGCGAGCCCAAGAUGAACUCAAGGAAGCGAGUGGUGUGGUGGGGUCUGAAGAAUCCAACCAUCAACAAGCGACAUUGAAGAAGCUUCUGUCGGUGUGCCGGCAGGAGAAGCAACAAGCUAUCUCGUCAAGAGAUGCAUUGAAUACCGAACUCUGGGAAGCAAAGUCUAGAGCGAAGGCUCUGGAGGAAAAAGUCAUGGAUCUUGAAGAUGCCAGCAAGCUGUACCUGGACACCCUGGCUAACCACAUGAGCGUGUCUCAGGAGAUGUCGGAGCUGAAAGAAUCCAAAGCGAGCCUUUCGCAGCAGUUGGAAGAAGCACAAGAAAACGUUGCUGCGCUGAAAACCGAUCUAGAGUCACAAGCAGCAGCUCUGGAGUCCAAGGCCGCAGAGCUCGUCGAGACCAAGAAGGCUCAUCAAGAAACGCUGGGCGAAAUCGAGAAGCAUUUCAAAGAUCUUUCGAACAAAGUCAAUAUUGUCACAGAAAAGCUGCAACAAAAGGAGUUACAAUUAGAGCAAGUUCAGGAAGCUAUGAAGGGCAAGGAGGACCAGCAGAUUGCACAAAUUGAACUCCUAUCAUUGGAGCUGAAGGAGAAGGAAGCAGUGUGCGCCGACCUCACAACCAGAUUGGAAGCAGCUUCGCAACAGCCUCGCUCGAUUGAAUUUGGCACAUUGUCCAGUAGCGCAGAAUCGACGCAAAGAUCGAAAGACCCGCAAGCGGAACCCGCAGCAACAGAAGAAGACGGACAGUCCCUUCGUACAGAGCUAGAACGGAGCAGGGACCUUGUCUCGAAGCUUCGGGAGGAGCUGAGUCGAAAUGAGGUGGAGUUGGCCACAGGAAGUUCGCUUGCUCAACAGCUAGAGAAGAAGAUCGUCGAGUGCGGUGGGCUGGUCAACCAAGUGACAGAACUGGAGACAUCGCUAGCCAACAAGCAAGAAGAGAUGGAGGAGAAGCUGAAAGACAUGGACGACAUGUCCAGCAAGCUUGAGACGCUUACCCAUGAAUUGAAACAGCAGCAAGAGCUUCAAGAGAAAGUCAACGAAAGCAUGUCGCAGCUUGUGACGCUCGUUGAAGAAAAAUCCGCUGAGUGCGAAACCUUGAGCGAAGAAGUCGACACGUUGCACGAGCGUCUCGGCAAGAAGGAAAACAUGCAAGCCGAAGCCGAAGCACUGCGAAUCAAAGUAGAAAUUCUGCAGAGGGAAAAAGACACAGCCAGCGAGUCUUUGGUUGAAGCGCAGGAUCGGCUGACUGAAAGUGAGACGCGCUGUGCUAGGCUCGCGGAUGAAUUGAGCACCCUGAGGGACCAGGUUGUCAUCAUGGAAUCGGAAUCCCACGGUGACGAGGAUGGCCCGUCAGCUGAGGUUACCCGGCUUAGAACCGAGCUCAAUGAUCAGGAGCAGCAAGCGGAGAAACUUCGAAGGAAUAAUAUGGAGAUGCAAAAGAGGCUUGUAGAAGCUGACAAAAUCUGCAGUAGCUUGACUUCCAAGCUUAACGAAGUGACUGGUGAUUGUUCCAACUACGCGCAAACCAUAGCGCGGCUGCAGGACGAGAUCGAUGGCAAGCGGCCUCAGUCAACCGACAUGGCGUUGCUCCAGGAAGAACUUCGGGUCCACAAGGAGAAUUGUGAGAAGCUCAAUAAGACGAACAAGGAGCUGGAACAAGUUUUGAAGGAAAACGAUGUGGUGUGCAACGAUCUGAUGGCUCAGAUGAAGUCGUUGGAGGACGAUUGCCGAAGACGAGCAGAGCAAAUAUCCGAGCUCGAGUCUACUCUUGGGAUGCAGGAGGAAAGGGCGGCCGCGGAAAUCGCAAAGCUUAGGAAAGAACUUGUGGAGCAACAGCAGCAACAAGGGCAGAUGAAUGAAAGUAUGGUCGAGAUGCUCGCGUUGUGGGAAGAAAAGGAGAGCCAAUGUACAUCCUUCAAAGAGAAACUUGAUGAGUUGACGUCAAAACUUGAAGACCGCGAAGCCCAGAUCGCAAGGCUGAAGACUGACGCCAAUUUACGAAGGGACGGAAAGCGUCAGGGUGCGCGAGAGGACAGUGAAGGCGUACUGAGCGCGCUGACAGAGAAAGAGGAAGAGGUGACUAGUCUAAGGAAGCAGCUGAAGGAAUUAUCUGCGGAGCAAAAGAAGAAGGAAGAAGAAUGGGGUAAGAUUAUGGUGUCAAGAAGCGAGGAUGAGUGGGAGACACUCAAAGCUCGCAGAAAAGAGGAAAUGCUAAAGUCGAACGAAGACGACGCAGCAAGCUACGAACAAGAGAGGAAGUUAUCGGAUCGGUUGGACACACUCACCAGCAAAAUAUCGGAAGGUGAAAAACAGCUUGCUGACUUGGAACGAGAGUUCAAGGAGAAGUGGGAUGAAUCGUCGGUGGAUGCGUCAACGAGGUCUUCGAGCAAGAAGGAGAAGAAGAAAAGGGGGAUGAGAGCAAAAAUUCUGUCACGAUUCCGACGGUAA